CUGGCGCCUGGGGACCCACCGUCCCGCGCCCUCGGGAGCCCAGCCUCGCUGCGAUGGUCCCUUAACGCCCGUGACGCCCUCCAAGCGCACUCCUUAGCGCACGGAGCGGGCUUAACCCUCCGUCGGCCCCUGAGAAAUCGGCGGGUUUCUGUGUCAGUGGAUCUUUCCCACGAAAGGGUGAGGCCGGCGAUCCCAUUUGACAGAUGGGAAGUUAGUCGUCCCACGCGCAAGACUUGCCCAGGAAAGCAGAUAGUCAAGAGCAGCUCAGGAUUUGGGUUCGGGUCCCCACCAGUUCUCUGCGUCCUCCGCUCCAGACCCUGUGGGCUUCCCGUCUCGCUCCGCUGUGGUCGUCUGCCCACCCUCUAGAGGAGGUUUCUCCAUUCUCCCAGGGGCUUGAAGCCAGCCUUCCUCAUGCAGGACGAGAUGUGAGGACCCCCAACCCCCAUGUUUAGCUAGCUGAAACUGCGCCGUCACAGCCACAUUCCUUUGGGCUAAGGUCUAAUUCCCCCGUGGGAUGCACGUGUCUCCAGAAAGGGGCUUGCCCUUAGUGAUUCACUAGCCGCUGCUGUGAACCUCCGCAGUAGCUCUCCCAGGACCCCAGUCUGCCAGUAAAUCAGAUGGAGACUGAGAGCAGAGAGGGAGCAACUCAGAACCCAAACUGUGAUCUGCUGUGCUCCAGAUGCCUGUGUGCUCUGGUCUCUGGACGAUUUCAACCUGGUGUAGUGGAAACAGUUCGUUAGGAGGCAGAGGGGCAGAUUCUGAUCACGACCCUGCUAUUUGCUGCCUGUGAGAUUUUUGGAGCCAUGAGCCAUCAGAUCCUGCUGUUCCUGGCCGUGCUGACUCCAGGCCUGGCAACCUCCCAACACCGAGAAAAGGUGGCCUGUAAGAUGGUGGACAAGGAGGCCUUUUGCCAGGGCCUUGGCCUGCACCAGGUCCCUUCACUGCUCCCGUUGGACAUCAAGACCCUUGACCUAUCUGGAAACCAGCUGCGAAAUGUCCUGGCCUCACCCUUGGGCUUCUACAUUGCCCUUCGUCACCUGGACCUGAGCACUAAUGAGAUCAGCUUCCUGCAGCCAGGAGUCUUUCAGGCCCUGCCCCACCUGGAGAACCUCAACCUAGCCCACAACCGCCUGGCAGUGGGCACUGCACUGAGUGUUGGAGGUCUGGGUCCCCUGCCACAUGUGACUUCCCUGGACCUAUCUGGGAACAGCCUAUACAGUGGCCUAGUGGAGCGGCUGCUAGGUGAAGCCCCCAGACUGCGCACACUCUCGCUGGCUGAAAACAGCCUGACCCGCCUGAGCCGUCACACCUUCUGGGGGCUGCCUGCGCUGGAGCAGCUGGACCUGCACAGCAACGUGCUGAUGGACAUUGAAGAUGGUGCUUUUGAGGCUCUGCCCCACCUGGGCCAUCUCAAUCUCUCCCGUAAUUCCCUCACCUGUAUCUCUGACUUCAGCCUCCAGCAGCUGCGGGUACUUGACCUGAGCUGUAACAGUAUUGAGGCCUUUCAGGUAGCCUCUGAGCCCCAGGCUGAAUACCAGCUUGCCUGGCUGGACCUACGGGAAAAUAAACUGCUCCAUUUCCCUGACCUGGCUGCCCUCCCAAGACUCACCUACCUGAACAUGUCCAACAACCUCAUCCGCUUCCCCACAGGGCCGCUGCAAGGCAGUGAUGGCAUCCACAUGCCUUCCGAGGACUGGUCAGCCUCUCCCCUCUUCAGCCCCAGCUGGAAUGCCAGCACCAAUGCCCUCUCCCUGCUCUCGAACCUGGAUUUGAGCAACAAUGAGAUCGAGCUCAUUCCAGACAGCUUUCUUAAGACUUUGACCUCUCUUCGCUUCCUGAACCUCAGCCGGAACUGUCUGCAGGCCUUCGGGGCCCAGCACAUAGGCUCUCUGCCUUGCCUGGUGCUCCUGGACUUAAGCCACAAUGUGCUGGAGGCCCUAGAGUUGGGUGCUAGAGCCCUGGCGUCCCUACAGAUGCUGUUCCUACAGGACAAUGCCCUACAGGACUUGCCACCAUAUACCUUUUCCAACCUGGCCAGUCUGCAGAGACUUAACCUGCAAGGAAACCGAGUCAUCCCCUGUGGGGGGCCAGCAGAGCCCAUCCUCCCAGGCUGUGUGGCUUUCUCUGGCAUCCCCACCCUCCGUGUUCUGAACAUGGCAGGUAACGAGGUGGAGAUGCUCAGGGCAGGCGCCUUCCUCCACACCCCGCUCACUGAGCUGGACCUCUCUGCCAACCCUGGUCUUGAGGUAGCCACAGGAGCCCUGGCAGGCCUAGAGGCCUCCUUGGAGGUCCUUGCACUGCAGGGCAAUGGACUGACUGUCCUGCAGGUGGACCUACCCUACUUUAGUUGCCUCAAGCGGCUCAAUCUCUCUGAGAACCGCCUCAGCCACCUGCCUGCCUGGACACAGGCUGUAUCACUGGAGGUGCUGGACCUGCGGAACAACAGUUUCAGCCUCUUACCAGGCAGUGCCAUGGGUGGCCUGGAAACCAGUCUUCGGCGCCUCUACCUACAGGGGAAUCCACUCAGCUGCUGUGGCAAUGGCUGGCUGACAGCCCAACUGCACCAGGGCCGUGUGGAUGUGGAUGCCACCCAGGACCUGAUCUGCCGCUUCGGCUCCCAGGCCGAAGUAUCUCUGAGCCAUGUGCGUCCCGAGGACUGUGAGGAAGGAGGACUCAAGAACAUCAACCUUAUUAUCAUCCUCACCUUCACACUGGCCUUGGCCACCCUCCUCACCACACUGGCUGCCUGUUGCUGUGUCCGCCGGCAGAAGUUUAACCAACAGUACAAAGCCUAAGGAAGCCAGGAGACCCUUCCAGGUCUGUGUAGGAGCAGGAGGCACAGAGGAGUGGGAACUGGCCUGUGUCCACAGAGUGAGCCAGAAUCCCAGAACUCUGGUCUCUAAAUCCCAGGCCAAGGCUCCUUUCUCUGCAUCCUGCUGCAUCAGUAGGUGGCCCACUUCCCAGGCUGUACAUCUGGUCCAGCUGUGGAAGCCGGAAGUUGGAUAAGCUCAGGGGCAGCAGAUCAACAGAGUUUAACAAAGCAUCUGUUUGGGGCCACACACUUCUUGGGGACACUACCAAAUGAAACACAUGCCUGCCCUCUGGUAGGGGAGGUUGUCACAGUGCUGGGCAGUGUGCACAGUGUGAUGGGGCAGAGGUAGGAAAGCUUGGAACGCCAGUGCUUUGCAGCCCCAUGGGUUCUGUAUGGAGAGUCCUGCCUUGGCCAUGCCAGGGAAAGAGAGGACCAAACCCAAGAGGAUUUUUCUGAGACAUUUUGAAGCAGGCUGUUUUGUCACAUCUUCUAAUAAUGCCCUCCAGCCUUUCUGGAAAAUGACGAGCUUGUGGUUGGAAGACAGAACAAGAGCGUCAUGAGUAUGUCUUGGGUCCAGUGCUGUUUGGGAGGCUACCGCAGACCCAACAGGACCUGGUUAAGAGGUGGUCACUCUGGGCUAUUGUCCAGUGGUGGGCCAUUGUUUCCUGCUUCUGACAGGACCUUUCCCACCCUGGCACUCUCCCGUUGCACUCACUGACCCCCAUACUGCCUGAACCCCUCCCCCACCCAGGCUCAACCUCUCCAUCCAGCCCCACCCCAGCUGCUGAGCCAAGGGCUACAACCAGUUUGUAUCUGGUUCUGGUUUGCAACCAGCUUGGCAGCUGCAGAUGCAAAUCCAAGCCUUGUGGCUGCCUCUGUGUGACAAAUCUUGGACGUUGGUAUUUUACCUCUGGUUUAUAAAGAGGAAAACAAAGCACCAGAAGUCUCCCUUUAGGGUCUCACAGCUAAAACGCCAUAGCUGAGAUUCAGCCCCACAUCUUCCUGUUUCCAGGGUCUGAUUUUGCUGCUGCUGGAGCCACAAGCUGUUAGGCAGACAGGAAGUGGCCCCAUGUCACCUGCCCAGGGCCUGAGCUUCCUGUGCCAUGCACACCUACUUUCUUUCCAGGCAGCUGCAGGUCCUCUACUCUUUCUCAGCCUCAAUUUCCCUUGUCCCCUCAUUUGUGGACUGCUGUGUAUUCUCCUUUUUCUCUUCUACUCCCUGCAUUCUUGCAUUCCAUCUCCCUCCACUGAGCGUAUCCUGGAGUUAGAGAUCAUCAAGUCCAACCUUUCCACUGCACAGAUAGGGAAACUGAGUAAAGAAUAGAAACUGCUUACAUCUGCUUAAUUCAAUGGCAGAGUCUGUGGGGGAAAAAAAAGAACAGAUUCUAGCCUCAUUGGGGUGAAAUUGGUUGUAGGCCUUCUCUCAACUACCACGUAACAAGACAGUGUUGGUUGCAGACUUUCUUUUUGUUCCUCAUCUUGCAGAGAUUUUUUUUUGCCUCCUAAGAAAUUAGGCAGAAAGAUCCACUCAGAUAAACCCUUCUCACUCAUAGAAUGGGGUCAUGAGCUGUCUGAGAAGAAAAGAAACCCCAGGACCAACCAAAGACCCUGUUCUUGUCCUCAGCAUCUUGUCCUUAGCAUCUUGUCCUCAGCAUCACAUCACAGGCAUUUGGUAAAGUACGAGAAAAUGAAACUGAGACCCAGAGAAGAGUAAGGGCUCACGGAGCUGAUGGUCAGAGUCAAGGUAAAACCCUCACCUGGCCGCUGGUGGUGUGAAGGCAGUUGGAUGGCUCAGUCCUGGCUAAUCAAUCACAGGUGCUACUGCAUACAACAGUCUUCCUCAGGCUCAGAGCCAAUGUGCUGGCCCCUGUGCUUCAUCUAAGAAAACACUACUACAUGCUGCUAUCACCUUGCAGGUCUUGGGACCAGCUCAUUGUAUAACCCACAUGAAUGUAUUAAAGUAUAAUUUUGGAGAAA